GGGCUCCGAUCGCCGGGGGGGCUGGGACAGGCGCUGCGCCCUCUGCUGAGAGCACGUGGCUCAGGGGGAUCGGGGCACCGCUGGAAUUAGCCCCUUCCCCCUCCCCAAAAGAUUAGUCCUCUCCGAGCUUCCCCUUCCUCUCCCACCCGCACCUGCAAUGUUGGGUGACAACUUCACCCUCUUGGUGCUGUGUGACAGACCCACGCAAACUGAGCACAAAGCAAAUGAAAAAACCAUGUCGGGGAGGGGGGAUACCCCUGUUUUCCUCUCCCCUCUAGUGACCUCAGGCCCUGGCCAUGGGGUUCCCCCCCCGCCCCCCCGGGGUGAACGCUGCUUGAGCAGAGCCAUGGCCGGGGACCCGGGGUUAUUUUGUUAGCUUUGAGUUGAGAGCUCCUUGUUGGUCCUUUGUAACAGCAGCAGGCAGAAAGUUUGCACGUAGAGAUGGGAUUUGGUUUUCUGACUGAUGUCCCUUUAACCCCGUGUGUUUGGUCACCUAAUGCAGCCCAAGCCUGCUUUCCUGUGGGCUGCUGGGCUGUACCUACUAGCAAAAGGCCCCAGCUCUCUCCCUGCACCAACGCAUUUGCCCUGGAAUUUGGACGCAUUGGAGGUAAUUGCUUCACUUUCCUCUGUACUUCCAGGUACCUUCACAGCUGAUCACAGUGGUGACUCUCGGGUGGGCACUUCCUGGCAGUUGGUGACUGGCUGGGUGAAGGGUCUGAAGGAAGCAGAUGGUGCUGACUGCAGGCCUGGGGGGCUCUCCUCUGCUUUGGUGCCAGUUCAGAGAAGGGGUUAAAAACAUAACGAACCAAACCCUCUUCCAUCUUGGAUGAGCCCAAAUGACCCUUGCCUGGAGGCACGGAGACCUAAAGAUAGCUGUUGUGUCCCACUUGUGGCUUUUAAGCUAAUGGAAGAACUUACUCUUGGUUUAGCCGUGUCUACACUAGGGAUAUUUUUCUGAAAGCUGUGGCUGGUGGCGGAGAGCUAGAGAGGGCUUCUGUCUCAUGUAAUGCAAACCUGUUAGUAUAGCAGUUCACAUCUCAGCCCUGCAAUGGACAAGUUCACGGACAUGUCUUUGGAUAGACUCUGACAUUUCACAGUAAGCUGGAGCUGUGCAGCCAAAUAAAGAGGCAUAGAAGAUGCUGUCUCUGUAGGAUGGUGUAGCCUUCCUGAUUAGGUUGGUUGAUGCUGUAAUGCAAGGAGAGAUCCCAUGUUCCCAAGACAUGUGGGUGACAGGGGCUGGAUCACUUGAUGAUUCCCUGUUCUGUUCAUUCCCUCUGGGGCACCUGGCACUGGCCACUGUUGGCAGACAGGACACUGGGCCAGAUGGACCUUUUGUCUCACCCAGUCUGGCCGAUUGUAUGUUCUGUAAGGUGGUUUGCUGAGCAUAACUAAUUAGGAUUUAGGAUUAGUUUGGUAUGAGGAACUGAUGGGCAGGUGACAGGAAGCCACAAAUUAAGGGCAGUUAUAGGAGAGCUGACUGAUGGGAAGUGUGACACCACAAGGUUAUUGACAGUUGAAGAAGAGUCUAAGGAAUAUGUAUAACCAGAAGUUACAGGUGUCAACAUUGGGGAUGUUACAGAAAUACCAUGGCAACUAACUGACAAAAGCUAAUGCGGUAAAUAGGUAACUAUGUAACAGUAUGGUGACCCCCCCCCCCCGAGAUAUGGGUGUGGGAGCUGAGAUAAGAAAAAGAGGCCAAGACGCAUGAAGUCAAGGGUCUGUCAGCGUAACCCACUGUAAGGGAUAAGCCCUAGCCAGGAAAACUGUGAUCAACCUGCUGACAACCACCUAGGAACUGUCUGGGAUGGGGAAUGUGGGCUUUUCUUGCUGAGGAGCUGCCGCCUGCAGGAACCAUGGUCACUUUCUUCACGCAGGAAGUCCAGCAACUGCUGCACAACAAGUUUGUGGUGAUUGUGGGGGAUUCCGUCCAGCGAUCGGUUUACAAGGACCUGGUGCUGCUUUUGCAGAAGGAUGCUCUCCUCAGCCAGUCCCAACUGAAAGCCAAGGGGGAGCUGAGCUUCGAGAACGACUGCCUGGUGGAAGGUGGCAUGCGGGGCGAGAUGACCAAUGGCACCAACUACAAGGAGGUGCGGCAGUACCGCACGGCCCACCACCUGGUGCGCUUCUACUUCAUCACUCGCAUCUACUCCGACUACAUGGAGAGCAUCCUGGCUGACUUCCAGGCUGGGCCCCAGCCCGACGUCGUCAUCAUCAACUCCUGCUUAUGGGAUGUGAGCAGGUACGGCGCCAAGUCCAUGAUGGAGUACCGGGUGAAUCUGGAGAAGGCCUUCAACCGGCUGGACAAGGUGCUGCCCCAUACCUGCCUCCUAGUGUGGAACAUGACGAUGCCCGUAGGCCACAAAAUCAUUGGGGGCUUCCUCAUCCCAGAGCUGCAGCACCAAGGCAAGAAGCUGCCCCAUAAAGUGAUCGAGGGCAACUUCUAUGGGGCCGUCCUGGCCAGCACCCACCACUUCGACGUGCUGGACCUGCACUACUACUUCCGCUUUGAUGAGCGCCAACGCAGCAGGGACGGCGUCCACUGGAACCGGGCUGUCCACCGCCGGGUCACCCACCUGCUGCUGGCCCAUGUGGCCGACGCCUGGGGCGUCGAGAUCCCGGAGAAGAGAACCCAGGAUGGUUCCUUUCAGGCAAACACUCUGGAGUGGGGAUCGCAGCCCACCCCCUGCCCGGCGCCCCACGCUGCUCCACCCUGCCCCUGGGGGUCUGAGUGGGACAACAGCCGCCUGUCCUGGACGCCCCAGCCUAGUGCCUGCCCGCCGCCCCCUCCACGCUGGCCCCCCUUUGACUUCUGCUGCCCCUCCAAGGAUCCUGUUUUCCAGGAAGACUCCCCCUUCCUCCCCAGCCACGCAGGGCCUGGCACACCCCUCCCCGGAUACAUCAGCUUUGACAACUGCCCCGGCUACAGUGCGGAGGGUCCUGGCAGUGGCUUUCAAGCUUUCUGGGACGCGCCACACGCUCUGCCGGCCCCGGGGCCCUUCCCCGGCUUCUCGGGAAACCCAGCUCCCAGCCUCCCUCCGUACCCCCACAACCCAACCAGGAGAGGCCGCGGUGGGCGCUCCCUCGGCUUCAUCAUGAGGCGGCAGCCGGUGAGGUGUAGGUCUGGGCCCCCCUACAACAGGCCCCACUACAGCGGCUACUGAAGGGCCCUGCCCCCUGGCAGAGCUGGCGUGUGCUCCCUGCAAAGGGCUUGGCUCCGGCUCUGAAGAGACUUGGGCAGGGUGGGCUUGGCUGUCUCCAUGUGCGUGGCUGGCAGAGGGUGCCCUGGCAGGAGGCGGCUGGCGCUCAGAUGUCUGAGUUAUGACGUGUAGUAUUUGGGGUGGGGGCAGAGGGCUGCGGGGCCCUGGAGAGAAGGGGCUGUGAUCUGCCAGCACAGUGUGGCUCGGAACAAAGGCUGUGGGCACCGCCAUGGGAAGCGCUCCAUAGGCCAGGCCCAUGGGGGUGGCGGCAGCUCUCGCCGAGGGCCCCAUCCUGCCAGGUGCUGGAGCUGGUGGGGAUUGGCAGCCGUGUGGGGGAGGCGCUGAGUGCCAGCCAUCUGCUGAGGGGGGUCUGGCUGUGCAGCCUGAGUCUCUCCCCAGCUCUGAGUGCAAUUUCCCCAUCCCCAGCCGCUGCUCUUACACACCUGCCCAGAUGGGGCAGGCAGGGAGCCAAUGGCCUCGCCCGCUCUCCAUGGGGCUCUUAGGCCUAGUUCGUUUCUUAAUCAUUGUCGUUUUCAGCACCCUCGCUGGGGUGUUACUUCCUGAGGUGGGUCUGCACUACAGCCCCCCGUGCCCCUCACUGGGGGUGGGGGGGUCACGCUGCUCUGAGGUUGCUUUACACUGGCAGGCUGUGGGGCAGAGCCCUUGGUGGCUCGCUGCAGUAAAACCUAGCCUCAGCCUGGCUCACGGGUCCAGGCCUGUGGUCAGCUGCCUGAGCUGAUCAGGUUGCACCGGCAUAACUGUGAGUUGAGUCCCUUCCCGGCCAUCUGCCCGCAGGCCCGGGGGGCGGGAGGGGCCCUGCUGUGGGCACAGUGGUUAUUGAACAGGAUAAGUGUUCUUGUGUGUUUUGUUGAUGUGUUAAUAAAGCUUUG